GCUCCACCCUCCAGGACAGAAGGUGGCGCCGCUCUUGGUCUGCCCAGUGGGAGGAUCGAACUCGUUGGCGUUGGCUGACUGACUGAAGCAAUGUCGCCGAGGUGAAGGUACCGAACUGUAGUCGGAACUGCGUGGCGGGUAGGGGAACUGUAUUCCGGGAUACCUUAUGGAGAAGCCGGCACCGAGAGGAAGAGGGAAGCCUGUGAUAGCUGUCAAUGGUUCUGAGCUGAAAGAUGGGCUGAAAGUACCCAGAGUUUUGUAUCUUAUUGAAAACAAAGGUGAAUACGAAUUGUUCAUCUCUGCAACUUCGGAAGCUAAUGUUGGAACUAUCGCAUGUCAGACAGUGAUCCCCAUUAAUAACCAGUUUCAGAUUAUACAAGAGGCUGAGGAAGCUCUUUUAAUUGAUGACCCUUUUACACAAUUUAGGUUUGACGAUGAUUUCAGUGAUAUUCUAAAUCUGGAGAAGAAAAAUCAACAGAACCAAACUGCAAGCAGUUUUACACCUGUGGCAGUGCCUCCUCGGAUAGAGCCAACCACUGAGAAGGAGGCACCACGGAAUGGGCAGCCAAGAGUAUCCAAUACUAUGCGAAAGCUGUUUGAGCCAAGUAAUCAGUCUGGUGCCAGAGAAGGUCUGAUUAAACAUUACCUUGCACGACGUGAAAGAGAAUAUGUCAAUAUUCAGAAUUUUAGGUUUUUUAUUGGCACCUGGAAUGUGAAUGGACAAUCUCCUGAUACUAGCUUGGAUCCAUGGCUUCGUGCUGAUCCUCAGCCACCUGAUGUGUACUGUCUAGGUUUUCAGGAGUUGGAUCUGAGUACUGAAGCUUUCUUUUACUUCGAUUCUUACAAGGAACAAGAAUGGCUGACUGCUGUAGAGAGAAGUUUGCACCACAAAUCCAAAUAUUACAGAAUUAAAUUGAUUCGUUUAGUUGGAAUGAUGAUGAUCGUAUUUGUUAAAAAGGAGCAUGAAAAGUACAUAAGAGAUGUGGAAGCAGAGACAGUAGGAACAGGAAUCAUGGGAAAGAUGGGUAAUAAAGGUGGAGUGGCAGUACGGUUUGUCUUUCACAACACAAGUUUCUGCAUAGUGAAUUCUCACUUAGCUGCUCAUGUGGAGGACUUUGAGAGACGGAAUCAGGAUUACAAAGAUAUCUGUGCCCGCAUGAUUUUCCAAGUAGCUCAGAAUCAACCUUCUAUAAGCAUUAGUAAACAUGAUGUUGUUAUUUGGCUCGGGGAUCUGAAUUACAGGCUGUGUCUCCCAGAUGCCAGUGAAGUGAAGGCACUGAUAGAGAAGCAAGAUUUGAAGAAACUUUUGGAAUAUGACCAAUUAAAUAUUCAACGCAAAACUAAGAAAGCAUUUGCAGACUUUAAUGAAGGGGAAAUUCAUUUCAGACCAACUUAUAAGUAUGACACCAAAUCUGAUCGAUGGGACUCGAGCGGCAAGUGCCGUGUCCCAGCAUGGUGUGAUCGUGUGCUCUGGAGAGGUGAAAGUGUACAUCAGAAAAGUUAUCGAAGUCACAUGGAGCUUCGAACCAGUGAUCACAAGCCUGUCAGUUCACUCUUGGAUAUUGGGGUGAAAAUCGUAGAUGAACAGAGGUACAAGAAAGUGUUUGAAGAUAUUGUUCGAGUGAUGGAUCGGAUGGAGAAUGAGUUCUUACCUUCUUUAUGCCUUAGCAGAAGAGAUUUUGCCUUUGAGGAUGUGAAGUUCCGACAGCUGCAAAGGGAAAAGUUUCAGAUAACCAAUGAUGGGCAGGUGCCAUGUCAUUUCUCCUUCAUUCCCAAACUGAAUGACAGUCAUUACAGCAAACAGUGGCUGCGGGCAGAACCUUGUGAAGGCUAUCUCGAACCUAAUGAAUCUGUGGAUAUAUCCCUUGAAGUUUAUGUUAGUAAGGACACUGUGACAUUAUUAAACUCAGCUGAGGAUAAGAUUGAGGACAUCUUGGUUUUGCAUCUGGAUCGAGGAAAGGAUUACUUCCUUACUAUCGGUGGUAACUACCUGCCAAGCUGCUUUGGUACAUCACUUGAAUCACUGUGUCGAAUGAAGAAGCCAAUCAGAGAAGUGCCCAUCACCAAGCUUAUAGACCUGGUAAGAAAUUGAAUUAAUGUUAAAAGAAGAUUUACAUGAUUAAUAUUUUACAAAAUUUUGGGCACUGCCUCUUUCAAGUCCUUUUAUCCCAC